UGACAAACGGUUCGCACUCGCCCUAGAGUAGCAGUGGAGAUUUCAGCGCUCCAGUUGAUGGCAAUUGAUUCUCUGGAGCAGUUGCGAAUCGUUUUCUCUCCUGCUGGCACAAGACACGCCACUUACCUUGCUUGCCAACCUCAUCUUGAUUGACAUUAUUUCUCAACUACCAAGAAGCCUAGCCCAUCAUGGUAACUGCAGUUCUUGGUCUACCGUUUUUACGCAUUGGGGGCAUGCAAGAAAACUAAAACUUAUUUUUUCUCGUGUUUGCUGUUACAGUUAAAUAUCAUGCAAGCUUAUGUCGCUUGGAUCCUCAUGUAUGGAGUGACAGCAGGAACUUCGUUCAACGUCUCAGAGGAGAAGACAAACUGCCCCCUAGGAUAUUUUCCUUGUGGCAACCUGAGCAUGUGCCUGCCCCAGCUCAUGCACUGCAACGGUGUCGAUGACUGUGGAAAUGAAGCAGAUGAGGAGAACUGUGGAGAUAACAAUGGAUGGCCCCAUCUUUUUGACAAGUAUUUUGGGAUGCCUAACAUCGACAUCGGGACCAAGUCUGAUAAAUGUUUGCUGGUGGCUGUUCCAGAGCUGUGUCAGUGCAGAGAUCUGGAGCUGGACUGUGACGGUGCCCAGUUUCACCAUGUCCCAGCCGUGUCCGUUAACGUCACCAUGAUGUCCCUGCAAAGGAACCGACUUCGGAUAUUGAACGGUGACAUAUUCUAUAAGUACCAGAGUCUUCAGAAACUAUAUCUACAACAUAACAGAAUUCGAGCUGUGAGUCCUAACGCAUUCAGAGGACUAUACAAUCUAACAAGACUAUAUUUAAGCUAUAACAAGAUAUCCAUCCUGAUGCCCGGGGUGUUCCAAGAUCUACACAAGCUGGAGUGGUUGAUCCUUGAAAACAACAGUAUCCAUCAGAUAUCCCCCAUGACCUUUUCAGGCUUGCGUUCCUUGGUACUCCUGGUUUUGUUGAACAACGCUCUGACAAAGCUGGAUGACAUCUGCCUGGAAAUGCCACGACUAAACUGGCUGGACAUGGAGGGAAAUCAAAUUGAAAGUGUUGGAAACAUAACAUUCUGGUCGUGCAACAUGAUGACUGUGCUUGUCCUACAGAAGAACAGAAUCAGUCGCAUACAUGAACAGGCGUUCUCAUUUCUAAAGAAACUUGGGGAAUUAACAGGUGGUCAUGUAAACCUUGUAGAUCUGUCCAGCAACAGACUCGUGGCAAUCCCUCCCAAUCUCUUUGUUCAUCUGGGAGAUUUACUACAGCUGAACAUCUCGUGUAACCCUAUCGUGGAUCUCCAAGUUGACCACUUUGAUAACUUGCAUAAAUUGAAAUCCUUGAGCAUAGAGGGAAUCGAGAUUGGGAACAUACAGCGAAGGAUGUUUGAACCACUCAAACAAUUGACCCACAUUUACUUUAAGAAGUUCCAGUACUGCGGCUACGCCCCUCACGUGCGCAGCUGCAAGCCCAACACGGAUGGCAUCUCGUCCUUCGAGGACCUCCUGGCCAACAUCGUCCUGAGGGUUUUCGUCUGGGUGGUGUCGGCCACCACGUGCUUCGGCAACAUCUUCGUCAUCUGCAUGCGCUCCUACAUCCGAUCGGAGAACAAGCUCCAUGCCAUGUGUAUCAUCUCCCUAUGUUGUGCCGACGGACUGAUGGGCGUUUACCUCUUCAUGAUUGGUGCCUAUGACCUCAAGUUCCGCGGUGAGUACAACCGCCACGCCCAGGCCUGGAUGGACAGCGUCCAGUGUCAGGUGAUCGGCUCCCUCGCCAUGCUCUCCACCGAGGUCUCUGUCCUCCUUCUCACCUACCUCACCCUGGAGAAGUACAUCUGUAUCGUCUACCCCUUCCGGUAUUUAACCCCCGGCUGCCGGCGUACUGUCUCGAUCCUUCUGAGCAUCUGGUUUAUUGGCUUCAUCAUCGCCUUCCUCCCCCUGGUAUUCAAAGGAUUGUUCAGGAACUUCUAUGGUACCAACGGCGUGUGCUUUCCGUUACACUCAGAGCAGCCUGAGACAACGGGGGCGCAGGUGUACUCCAUCGUCAUCUUCCUGGGCCUGAACCUGGUUGCAUUCCUUAUAAUCGUACUGUCCUACGGGAGUAUGUUCUACAACAUCCAGAGGACAGGGACACAGACGACAAAAUAUAGUAACCACAUCAAAAAGGAGGUGACCAUAGCCAAGAGGUUCUUUUCCAUCGUCAUCACCGACUCUCUUUGCUGGAUACCCAUAUUUGUCCUCAAGAUUCUAUCACUGUUGCAGGUGGAAAUUCCAGCCCACCAACCAACCUCACCCCUACUUUCUAUGAACCAUCAGCUCCUGGGUGGUGAUCUUCAUUCUGCCCAUCAACAGCGCCCUCAACCCCAUCCUGUACACCCUGACCACACGGCCAUUCAAAGAGACCAUCCUCCAGGUGUGGGCCAACUACAGGCAGAGGAGACCUCUGAUGAGCAACCACACAGCCCACCAACCCUCAUUCACGUUGCAGGAGAUGUGGCCUCUCCAAGAAAACAGCCAGACCCUUACUUCGCCUGGCGACUACCUGGCGAAUCCCUCAAAAAUAUCCUGCACGUCUCAGCUACUGCCCGUAGAAAGAACAAACGGUGUAUAAUGCCCUUCGGUUUCAACAAUUCAUGUGGGUUCAUGUGAAUGGUACGUUUACAGCAUGUUGACGGUUGUAGAGUCAAUUAACAUUUUGCACUGUGAUUUGUACAGACAAAGGAUCUCAUUGUACAUGUUGGACUAUGUGCAAUUCUACUCUGCUGAUGCUUAGACUUUGGCUUUGUGAAUGCCUUUGGUUUGAUGUGAUUAUUAACAUACUUAUUCCUAAAAACAUAAAUCACACCCAUCAGCAUUCAUUUCUGUAUAGUAGAUUGCUCCUGAUGUACUGGAGCUUACAGACUGUGUACAGUAUUGUAUAGAAUAAAGCAAUCACUGUCAUUCUCUGUUCUAGACUGGGAUUUGUCAUGUACAGUUCCAGUUAAAAGUUUGAACACCUACUCGUUCAAGGGUUUUUCUUUAUUCUUACAAUUUUCUACAUUGUGAAAUAAUAGUGAAGACAUCAAAACUAUGAAAUUACACAUAUGGUAUCAUGUAGUAACAAAAAAAGUGUUAUAUCAAAAUAUAUUUUAGAUUCUUCAAAGUAGCCACCCUUUGCCUUGAUGACAGCUUUGCACACUCUGGCUUCCACACAUAGCCUUACAAGCCCUUUUAAAAUGUGUAAUAAAUCCAUGUAAUAUAGCCUACACCUUCAAAAAAGGUAUGUAUUUUAGACAGGUCUAAUGAAACAUCAUAUGAAGAAAAUCUAGUCUUUUCCAGAAGAAAAUAAUAGCAUACUCUGAGUUGUCCUGAUGUGGCUAUGCCAAAUGGCUGUGGGCUACACUAGUUGAUUUAACAGACAAUAGUAUGAAGAAUACAAUAGAACAACGCUGAAUAAAAUAUAAAUAUUUUCUCCAAACGAUUUGAGGGAGUGAGCACAUGCGGCUAUUCUGUGUUGAGUGGUUAACAAAGAAAUAAGUACUCCUAUAUGCUUAAUUUAGAGUUAUUAAUGUAACUUUAGUUGUUCUACAAACGUUCGGCUAUGCUGUUCGGAGUGCUGUUCGGAGUGCUGUGUUAUGCCCUUCUCCCUGAGUGUACACGGCUUUCCGUCACGUGAUCGGGUCUUUCUCACUGGCUACAAGUUAAGAAACACACAUCGGGGACGCAACUGCACGCAUCCUUAUCCAAUUCCAAGGAGCAUAUUGAAGAUAUUGGAUGUCCACAUUUACUUUGUCAGCCAACAAGAUGAGUAGGCCGAACGAACAGCAAAAGCACUAGCAUAUGUCAAUCUACUAUCCCCCAUAGUACACAGGUUGACCUAUUCCAUUCUGUGCGAUAAAUAAAUAUUUACAAACCGUCUGGGACAGUUGUGGGAUGCGAAAGAUCCCAAAUUAAGCCCUUAGCCUUUUUUUAUGCAAUGUGGCUGACGCAACAGAUCAGAACGUUUAGCUUAAAAUGUUAAUAAACUAUUAGGCUAUUUCUUCACAUUAUAAGCGCAGCAAUGCACACAUGGCAGUAGGCUAUAAGCGUGAAUGUUGCACUAGCGGAAAACACCAUUAUCAAAAGUGACUGCAAAUGCAAUUAUGCAUGUAAUGCUUUUAUUAUAAAAAGUGAAUUUCUAUGGUGAAAAUGUUCUUCCCUAAACUUGAAACUCACCCACUGCUUAUAUAAGCUAGUUAGGCUCCACACCCCUUGUAAUCGGCUUAAUGUGCUUACUUUUAAGAUGUUUUUUGGCCACUAUAGUUGGGAUACAAACCUUAUCAAAACAUAUAGGCCUAUGGGCUAAGCUUACAUGAGGUGUGCGACUAAGUCGCCAAAAAAGGCAGUUUCUUUUGCAUUCACAAGUGAUAACAUAUAAUUCACAAGUGACAGGCUAAUAUUGUCACCCAUCAGACUAUACUUGAUUUAAUAUACUAAAUAUAUAAAUAUACUAAAUAAUAUGUGAAACAUUUGCUUUGAUUUAGAAUGGACCAUCAUCAUGCACCUGUAUGCACUUAAAUAGCAAAUGGAGGACGUUUUAUUUUUUGGGGGGUUUAUUUUCAUGCCAGUCAGGUAGGUUAUACUCCGGUUGUAAAUAAGGUUGAGAAAUAAAUAUAGUAAGCCUAUAGAAAGCUGAAGGGAUCUUCUUUUAAUUAGUGGCCAUCACUCGGUUUUCUCCUGCAAUUGCAUAACCUAUAGAAAUGUUGCGCAACAUGAGCUCAUGGGCUUUCAUGUAGAGUUUGAUUAGAUUUUUUUAGAAGAUAUUUGCAUUGAUGUCAGAGUGAUUAGAGAGACAAUAGAAUGUGGAGUACUAGGCAGUAGGCAUGUUUGGUAGGCUACUAAUGACCAGCAGCAGCAUCAGAGCUUGGAGAAGUCUAAUUACCGUGGCUAAAACGGUCAUGUGGAAUUUGACUGUUCAGGACUCAUGACCGCUGGUGUGGCAGUAAUACGGUCACCGCAACAGCCCUAGGUUCACCUUCCAACUACACUGCUCAAAAAAAUAAAGGGAACACUUAAACAACACAAUGUAACUCCAAGUAAAUCACACUUCUGUGAAAUCAAACUGUCCACUUAGGAAGCAACACUGAUUGUCAAUACAUUUCACAUGCUGUUGUGCAAAUGGAAUAGACAACAGGUGGAAAUUAUAGGCAAUUAGCAAGACACCCCCAAUAAAGGAGUGGUUCUGCAGGUGGUGACCACAGACCACUUCUCAGUUACUAUGCUUCCUGGCUGAUGUUUUGGUCACUUUUGAAUGCUGGCGGUGCUUUCACUCUAGUGAAAGUGGUAGCAUGAGUAGCAUGAGACGGAGUCUACAACCCACACAAGUGGCUCAGGUAGUGCAGCUCAUCCAGGAUGGCACAUCAAUGCGAGCUGUGGCAAGAAGGUUUGCUGUGUCUGUCAGCGUAGUGUCCAGAGCAUGGAGGCGCUACCAGGAGACAGGCCAGUACAUCAGGAGACAUGGAGGAGGCCGUAGGAGGGCAACAACCCAGCAGCAGGACCGCUACCUCCGCCUUUGUGCAACGAGGAGCAGGAGGAGCACUGCCAGAGCCCUGCAAAAUGACCUCCAGCAGGCCACAAAUGAGCAUGUGACUGCUCAAACGGGCAGAAACAGACUCCAUGAGGGUGGUAUGAGGGCCCGACGUCCACAGGUGGGGGUUGUGCUUACAGCCCAACACCGUGCAGGACGUUUGGCAUUUGCCAGAGAACACCAAGAUUGGCAAAUUCGCCACUGUCGCCCUGUGCUCUUCACAGAUGAAAGCAGGUUCACACUGAGCACGUGACAGACGUGACAGAGUCUGAAGAUGCUGUGGAGAACAUUAUGCUGCCUGCAACAUCCUCCAGCAUGACCAGUUUGGCGGUGGGUCAGUCAUGGUGUGGGGUGGCAUUUCUUUGGGGGGCCGCACAGCCCUCCAUGUGCUCGCCAGAGGUAGCCUGACUGGCAUUAGGUACCGAGAUGACAUCCUCAUACCCCUUGUGAGACCAUAUGCUGGUGCGGUUGGCCCUGGGUUCCUCCUAAUGCAAGACAAUGCUAGACCUCAUGUGGCUGGAGUGUGUCAGCAGUUCCUGCAAGAGGAAGGCAUUGAUGCUAUGGACUGGCCUGCCCGUUCCCCAGACCUGAAUCCAAUUGAGCACAUCUGGGACAUCAUGUCUCGCUCCAUCCACCAUUGUACCAUAGACUGUCCAGGAGUUGGCAGAUGCUUUAGUCCAGGUCUGGGAGGAGAUCCCUCAGGAGACCAUCCGCCACUUCAUCAGGAGCAUUCCCAGGCGUUGUAGGGAGGUCAUACAGGCACGUGGAGGCCACACACACUACUGAGCCUCAUUUUGACUUGUUUUAAGGACAUUACAUCAAAGUUGGAUCAGCCUGUAGUGUGGUUUUCCACUUUAAGUGGAAAGUGUGUGAUUCCAAAUCCAGACCUCCAUGGGUUGAUAAAUUUGAUUUCCAUUGAUAAUUUUUGCGUGAUUUUGCUGUCAGCACAUUCAACUAUGUAAAGGAAAAAGUACUUAAUAAGAAUAUUUCAUUCAUUCAGAUCUAGGAUGUGUUAUUUUAGUGUUCACUUUAUUAUUUUGAGCAGUGUAUUUAAUCCAUUUUAGAAUAAGGCUGGAAUGUAAAAAAAAUAUGGAAAAAGUCAAGGGGUCUGAAUACUUUUCGAAUGCACUGUAAUGAUGAAGUCAUCUAUGAGAGGAGCAGUGAACUGCUAAAGGAUUCAUGUUUCUCAUUUUAAGGUACAGGCUAUGCAGACUGCAGAGGUGACAUGUAUUUGCCAUUGUAACACAAAAGAUAUCCCUUGUUCCAAAGAUGGUUGACCUUGGGUUUCUGACCAUCUUUGAUGACAACAGGAGGCUAGAAAUUACAGGAUGUUCAAAGCUGUCAAUUUACAGUUGCUGAUAACAGUGCUACUGUGUCAUUCAUUCUUUGUAAGGAAGGAUGAGCUAUUGUAAUAUUUUCACUGUCUCUCCCACACUUUACAAUAUGUGUGUUAUCAUUCAAUAUUUCAUUUGUAGUAAUUAUAUGUAAUAAAAUCAACUGAUGCCAGAGUUGAGUGCUCUUAAAAUAUUUCUGAUGUAUUGAUUUUGUGGAUUUUAUUUUGCAGACAUAUUGUUUGAUUUUUGCUGAGGAUGUAUUUUCAUGAACUACAUGAAUCUUUGGUGCUAUUUUCACAAGCACAGUACCAGUCAAAAGUUUGGAAACCUACUCAUUCAAGUUUUUUUUAUGUUACAUUUUCUACAUGUAGAAAUGUGGAAUCGCGUAGUAAGCAAAAAAGUGUUAAACAAAUAAAUAUAUAUUUUAUAUUUGAGAUUCUUCAAAGCAGACACCUUUUGCCUUGAUGACAGCUUUGUAUACUCUUGGCACGCUCUCAACCAGCUUCACCUGGAAGGCUUUUCCAACAGUUCGGAACGAGUUCCCACAUAUGCGGAGCACUUGUUGGCUGCUUUUCCUUCACUCUGCGGUCCAACUCAUCCCAAACCAUCUCAAUUGGGUUGAGGUCAGGUGAUUGUGGAUGCCAGGUCAUCUGAUGCUGCACUCCAUCACUCUCCUUGGUCAAAUAGCCUAAACACAGCCUGGAGGUGUCUUGGGUCAUUGUUCUGUUGAAAAACAAAUGAUAUACCCACUAAGCGCAAACCAGAUUGGAUGGCGUAUCGCUGCAGAAUGCUGUGGUAGCCAUGUUGGUUAAGUCCGUCUUGAAUUCUAAAUAAAUCACAGACAGUAUCACCAGCAAAGCACCAUAACAACUCCUCCUCCACAACUACUCCUCCAUGCUUCACAUUGGGAACCACACAUGCAGGGAUCAUCCAUUCACCUACUCUGUGUCUCACAAAGACAUGGCAUCUGGAACCAAAAAUCUCAAAUCUGGACUCAUCAGACCAAAGGACAGAUUUACAAUGGUCUAAUGUCCAUUGCUCAUGUUUCUUGGCCCAAGCAAGUCUCAUAUUCUUAUUGGUGUCCUUUAGUAGUGGUUUAUUUGCAGCAAUUUGACCAUGAAGGCCUGAUUUCAUGCUGUCUCUUCUGAACAGUUGAUGUUGAGAUGUGUCUGUUACUUGAACUCUGUGAAGCAUUUAUUUGGGCUGCAAUUUCUGAGGCUGGUAACUAUGAACUUAUCCUCUGCAGCAUAGGUAACUCUGGGUCUUCUUUUUCAUCAUAGCGCUUGAUGGUUUUUGCAACUGCACUUGAAGAAACUUUCAAAGUUCUUGAAAUUAUCCGGAUUGACUGACCUGCAUGUCUUAAUAACCUCUUAAGGAUAUGAACUUUUUUUCCCCUCCCAAUUUUCGCCUAAAAUGACCCAAAUCGGACUGCCUGUAGCUCAGGACCUGAAGCAAGGAUAUGCAUAUUCUUGAUACCAUUUGAAAAGGAAACACUUUAAAGUUUGUGGAAAUGUGAAAUGUAUGUAGGACAACAUAACACAUUAGAUCUGGUAAUAAGAUAUUGAACAAUGCAAGAGAAAGGCCAAAACAUAAUAUUGCAGUUUAGGCGCAACUUCAAUUUUGGCCACUAGAUGGCAUCAGUGUGUGUGCAAAGUUUCAGAUUGAUCCAGUGAAGCAUUGCAAUACUGGACAAUAUUUAUUAUCAAGUUUGCCUAAAUGUGGUCGAAUUGGUCAGUUGAUACAUUUUCAAGUACAUAACAUACAAAAAUGAUAUGGUCAUAUUUUUUUUUAGUUUACACACUCCCAAAAUGUCAAACAUGAUGGAUCAUUAGCUUACACACUAAUUUUUACAGAUCUAGAUGGCCAGGUGGGGAGGAGGGGAGACAGAGACAGCAGGGAUUCCAACUGUAGAACCCAGUACCUACAUUUUAAUAUAAAAAUGCAUUUUAUCAAACAAAACUAUGCUACAUUUUAUCCCUGGGACCCUAAGGAUAACAAAUCAAAGCAAGAUUACUGAACGUAAGUACAUGAUUUACCUUCAGAGGUGAAUGUACCAAACCAGUUGCCGUGAUAAAAAAUGUGUUGUGGUCUCUCCUCAAACAAUAGCAUGAUAUUGUUUCACUGUAAUAGCUACUGUAAAUUGGUCAGGACAGUUAGAUUAAGAAGAAUUUAAGCUUUCUGCCCAUAUAAGACAUGUCAAUGUCCUGGGAAAUGUUAUUGUUACUUACAACGUCAUGCUAAUCACAUUAGCUCAACCAUCCCGGUAUAGGGACACCAAUCCCGUAAAGGACUUUUUUAAUGAUGGACUUUUGUUUCUCUUUAUUUAUUUGAGUUGUUCUUGCCAUUAUAUGUAAUUGGUCUUUUACCAAAUAGGGCUAUCUUCUGUAUACCACCCCUACCUUGUCACUGCACAACUGAUUGGCUCAAACAAACACAUAAAGAAGGAAAGAAAUUCCACAAAUGACCUUUUAACAAGGCACACCUGUUAAUUGAAAUGCAUUCUACUGGUUGAGCUGGUUGAGAGAAUGCCAAGAGUGUGCAAAGCUGUCAUCAAGAAAAAGGGUGGCUACUUGGAUGGAAGAAUCUCAAAUAUAUUUUGAUUUAUUUUAACACUUUUUGGUGACUACAUGAUUCCAUGUGUUUUUCCAUAGUUUUGAUGUCUUCACUAUUAUUCUACAAUGUAGAAAAUAGUAAAAAGUAAAAAAGAAAAACCCUGGAAUGAGUAGGUGUGUCCAAACUUUGACUGGUACUGUAUGUGGUGAAUUUUUGAAACUCUUAGUACAAAACUUCAAACUGGAACACGUAACACAGCAAGUCUUACAUUAAAAACCUUUUAUUGUUCAUUUAAUUGUUUGGAAACAUCUUUCACCACACGACCUUUGGCCCAUAUAUGUUUACUGUAAAAUACCAUGAGAACAAUGAUUUAACCCUUUCACACGUAUGAUCACGUAUUUCUGAUCAUUGUUGAGUGGUCCCUGAAGCGUACAAUCUCAAAUAUGUGAUUGGAACAGUAGCAACCUAACAAACGUAUUAUGCAACAAACGCAUCUUAUACAGCAUUGUUGUCUGAACAGCAUCUAAAUGAUUUUGUACGGAUGGAAAAUAAAGGUCUUAAACUUUA